UUGUAAAUAUAUCCGUUGGUGCUCCUAUGUCGGCACAGCAAUAUCAGGAAGCGCACUCGGUUAUUUCAAGUUACAGAAGAGCCGAAUACAUGCCCUGAACAGCCUUUUAUUAGUAACUUAAUAUUAUUUAAUUUCUCAGUGAAUGUCGUGGUAAAAUUACUACUUUCGAAAUGAGAGUAUAGUGGCUGUAGGGGCAGCUCCACAUUACCUAGCCUAGCCGAGCUGAGCUGAGCCAGUUACGAGUAGGUUUGGAUAUUAAGUUUAGGUAAGUUGAGUUUUUAUUAACAACGGUUUUCUUCCGUGUCCCGACAUGGAGACAUUUGGAGCCGUUGGCACAGCUCUCGGAUGCUCUGCGGGCAUUGCGCUAGCGGGGCUGGUCCUUACAGCCUACAAACUUGGCUUACUCUACCGGUUGUUUCAUAAGACCGAGACGAAGAGCCCACGACAUGGUGGGGAGAGUGUGGCAGAAGUGCUCCGCGCCCACGGGGUCAAGUAUGUUUUCACCCUUGUCGGUGGACACAUCUCGCCCAUCCUGGUGGCUUGCGAGAAGGUGGGCAUCCGCAUAGUGGACACCAGACACGAGGCCACUGCUGUGUUCGCUGCAGAUGCUGUGGCAAGACUCUCAGGCACUGUUGGUGUGGCAGUAGUGACUGCUGGCCCAGGCCUCACUAACACAGUGACAGCAGUGAAGAAUGCUCAGAUGGCUGAAUCUCCAUUGCUGCUUAUGGGGGGAGCUGCUGGUACACUACUUCAGGGCAGAGGAGCGCUGCAAGAUAUCGACCAGAUGUCUCUCUUUAAGCCACUGUGUAAGUUCUGUGCCUCAGUCAGGACUGUCAGGGAGAUCGUGCCUACUGUCAGGAAAGCCCUGGCCAUCGCACAGUCAGGAACUCCUGGUCCCGUUUUCAUAGAGUUUCCCAUCGACACGCUCUAUCCCUUCCAUCUUGUGUCCAAAGAGUUUGGAGUCAAGAACCCUCCCAAAGGCCUGAUGGGAAAAAUUGUCACAUGGUACCUCAAUAACCACCUCAUGCACCUAUUUGCUGGAGCCUGGGAGACGAGAGAUGUGUCUCCACUCCCCGUUGACAUCCCUCAAGCCACAGCCGAUCAGGUACAAAAGUGCAUAGAGCUGGUGAGUCGAGCCAAGAAACCUGUUAUUCUGCUCGGUAGUCAAGCAACACUUCCUCCGACACCAGCUGAUGACAUCAGGAAGGCAUUGGAGGACCUGGGCAUCCCCUGCUUCCUUGGGGGCAUGUCCCGUGGCAUGCUGGGUAAAGACAGUCCCAUCCACAUUAGACAGAACAGACGAGAUGCUCUGAAGGAGGCCGACUUGGUGCUCUUAGCAGGCACUGUGUGUGACUUUCGGCUGAGCUACGGCAGAGUUCUUAAUAGACGCAGUAAGAUCAUCGCUGUCAACAGAGACAAGACGCAACUGCUAAAAAACUCAGAUAUGUUCUGGAAGCCAACUAUAGCAAUUCAGGGUGAUGCUGGCUCACUCUUAGUGCGGCUUUCCAAAGGCCUUAAGGGCCAUCGCUGUGCAGAGGAAUGGACUCAGAGCCUCAAAGCAGGAGAUAUAACCAAAGAAAAUGCAAACAGGCGUAAAGCUGAUGAGAAGACUGAACACCACUUAAAUCCCUUGAAAGUCCUCCACUGUGUGGAUGAGCUAAUGGCAGAGGACAGCAUCAUUGUUGCUGAUGGGGGUGAUUUUGUUGGAAGUGCUGCUUACAUAAUGAGGCCAAGAGGACCUCUACGCUGGCUCGAUCCAGGAGCCUUUGGGACCCUGGGAGUUGGAGGAGGAUUUGCCCUGGGGGCAAAACUGUGUCGGCCUGAAUCUGAGGUGUGGAUAGUGUAUGGUGACGGCUCCCUAGGAUACAGUGUUGCAGAGAUUGACACAUUCACCAGACACAAGACACCAGUUAUAGCUGUGGUGGGAAAUGAUGCAUGUUGGAGUCAGAUAUCCAGAGAGCAGGUUCCCAUACUCGGCAGUAACGUGGCAUGUGGCCUUGCAUUUACAGAUUAUCAUAUAGUUGCAGAUGGUUACGGCGGUAAGGGCUACCUUGUAGGGCGCGAGGACGAGGACAGGCUAAGCGACAUCAUCAAACAGGCUCAGAAGGAGACCCGGGAGGGCAAGGCUACACUUCUCAACGUUCUCAUAGGGAAGACCAACUUUAGAGAGGGCUCUAUCUCCGUAUAGAGCAGCUGUGAAUCCUAAAGCAGUGCAUUCUUCUCCCUGUAACUUUGGCUCUUCGUAGACUUUACUGUCAGGCUCUAUGAGAGGUUUCAGAGAGUAAGAAGAAGCUGCUGGAUCCAGACCUAUGCUAAUCCUUUGUGCCCUUAAAGCCAUAAAUUACUUUACAGUACGUUCAUCUCCUGUGAGACUUCAUGUCAGCUACAACACACGUCUGCAAACACCAGUCAUGACUGAUUUCACUAUCAAACGGUGACUGUUUAUACACCUGUAAUCUUUGUUAUUUACUAUGUUAUUUACUACUACAGCUCCAGAUCUGCCAGCCUAGCAACUAAAGCUUUUGUUGUGCGUCAUGCAACUUUCAGGUUCAUGUGCUAUUUAAGAUAACUGCUGCAUUUAAAGAAGGGAAAGACUGAAAGUAAGAAGCUCUUGCUUUAUGAAGGGAUUUUACCUCUUUCGGAGCUCUGGGUUAGAUUUUUGACCUUUAAACAGCCUAUUAUUAUAACUUUCUUGCAAAUAAACCAGUGAUUAAAAAAUCAUUUGUAAGAGAGAGCGUUGAUUUAAGUCAUCAAACAUGACCAGUAUGCCUUUUCUCCUGUUAUCAAGUGAACACGGAGACACAAAUCUUUACAGCUUUCAUUUUCUUUAACAGUUCAUGAUUUGGGAUAAAAAUGUGUAAAAUGAAAAAAAUAUUUUUUUGAAUGUUGAAGACUGACAAAUGUUAUGCCUUUAAAUGUUUGAUUGUGUCUUGGAAUACAUCGAUACGUGUAGAUUGACAAUGUGUCUGCUGAUUCAGUUAUGUAUUUGAAUGAUAUCUAAUACUGACUUGUAUGCAUUGAUGUGGGCUAUGAUUUCAUAUAUGCCUAUACACAAUAUGUAUUGCACUAUAAUUAUAACUUAUAUACUCACCAGGUGAACAUGUGUGGAUCAUCUCACUCCAAUAUAUAUAUUGUUGUUUUAUUUGGUACUUUGAGGGAGGUAUGUCAAAUUUUUGAAUAUUGGUGAUGUUAAUUUGGGUUUAUUGACAAAUAAAAGAAAGAUCAUGA